UCUCCAUCAGAUCUGGAUGCUUUGAAAACAAGGAGCGCCAUUAGGCAUUUUAAUCCUCAUUAUUACACGGUUCGCAGAAAUAUCGUUGACACAGAGGAUGAUGUUUCAUUUGUUUCGUUAAAGUGAUAGGAUUAUUUGUGAAUUAAAGUCAUUUGCUGUGUUUGGAAAUGGUAUAUUCGUUGUUUAAUUUGAUAUAUUCAUCUAGCCGUGCAGUAAACCCUUUCCGGGUUUUCAGAGCACUUCGGCGGUUUCCAAACUGUCACCGCUGCUGCUCCGCCGGGAGGAGAGGCGGGUAAAAAUGUAAACACACACAUUCAUCCUCAUGGAGAUUUGUUGUUUGGUAGCUCGCUAGACUUGUAGUUGCUAUUUUAUCAGAAGUAACACGGCAGAGCUGCUCUACUUUUGCUUCGCUUACAUCUUUUGAUAAUAGAUAUUUAGUUUAGAUAUUACGUUACAGACGGUUUCGUUCCAACGACCGCGUAGCUAUCGUCAGCUAACCUAGCUAGGGUACAGCUCAGCAGCUAGCUAGCUAACGUUAGCAAAAAAAAACAAUCAAAAUAACGUACAUAUAUUAACGUUAGUUUGUCCUUCAAUUAUCAAACGUUACCACCUGAGAUAUCCUGAUGCAAUUUGAUGGAGGACUACGAGAAGUUUGUGCAGCGUCGUCUCUCCCAUCUGAGGAAAAGUGAGGAGGAACACAGCAAACCUUUACCUGCAUCCUCGCUCAUCCGCUUCUAUGGACAACCCAUCCUUCCUCCCCUGCUCUCAGGGGAGCAGAGAGAGAAGAUGCAGCAACACAGAGAUGCAGCACAGACAGCUGAUGUCCAAAGAAAGUUGAAGGAGGAUUCAAGAAUGGCCUAUGUGCAAACUAUCCUACACAGUGUUCAGCUGAGGAAGACGCCAACACUGGAGGAGUUGCUUCAAGAGACAGAAAAUAACACAAAAUCUUCAUAUUCCCAUGACAACAGUGGUGGGUCAGUGUCGCAGAGCAAUUUAUUCAUAAGACCGACGGAUGAUCUUUCGCUUUUUCCACCAACCGGAAGAAAAGAACAGAAUGGUGUUCCUCUUCCACCGUUGACAUCAACUACAUAUAGUGCCUUUUUCACUUCUACUGUGACACCUCAGCAAAGUUACCAGGAAAGAUGCCUUAUUGACCAACAUUACAAGCAACAUGGAUCACAGCCAAGUUCCCUUAAUGGCGUAAGCCACCGAUCAGUAUCCUCCGGCUACUUGACCUUUGAAAACACCACCAGUGUCUCUGAAAGGAUUAGUGCAGAGAGAGAGAGCCAUGGCUUUGGCUCCUCAGACGGAGCUUAUAAAAAUAAUAUGGGUGGCUUUUUCCUUCACAGCACCUCAGAGACAAUUGCCAAGAUGCCAGAUAUUAUUAGCCACCCUCCCAUAGAUGGAGAGGAAUUAGAAAGGAGUGGACUGGAAGCAUCUAUUUGUAAUAAUAUUAUAGGAGUAAAAGACAUUUGUUGCCCCUUGCUCCAGGAGGAAUCAGUCAUAUGUGACCAUUUACCAGUAGAGACAUCUGAUAGCAGGGAUCUGGACAGCACAGAGGUUGAAGUUAACCUUCCCUGUAACACAGUACCCGACACUGAAGAAGAUCAGCGUUUGGGCCGAAUUGAGGGCCCAGUCUCUUCAUUAGAAAACAGUGACAUUUCAGACAACCUGGAGUCAUCACAGACAUCAAGCCCUCCUCGCAUUCCAACGGCAGAGCUGCAUAUUCCACACGACUCCAGAGAAUUCGAACCAGCGGACAACCAUGUAGAUGAAUCAAAGCCAUCUGAGGAGCCUUAUCGUCUGAGCCUCCAGGCCUUGUUAAAGAAAUCUCAGGAGUAUCGGCGGCGCCAGCGGAUGCUUAGGAACCAAGCCAAAACUACUAAAAUUCAGGAGAGGACCCAAGAACAGACAAGAGCAAGGGCAGAGGAGCAGAGCCUCUCCGAUAAGGAGAAUGACGAGUUCCCUUACAAGGGAAUUGUGACUGCAGAUGGGAAGAAAACUAAAGAGAGGAGAGAUACCUCACAAAAUAAAUCCUUGGAAAAUGAGAGGGUGAUUGAGAGUGAGUUUUUUGGGGAAAAGGCUAACUUUAAAUCUCAAAGCCCCCACUUAACAGGACAUGGAAAUACUAAGGAAAUAACUAGUGUUGAGGAGGAAACAGUCCUAAAAAAUAAUAAGCUGAACAUUUCACAAGAAAUCCUAACAGAGCCUAAACAAAUGAACACCUUCCCCCAGCAACAGCAGCCCACGUCAAUAGAGACCUUGCUUAUUCAGGAAGCCUUUUACUUGACCAAUUGUCCCAAAGCUUUUUAUAGUGGAGUAGGGAAAUAUCACACAAUCCCAGCCCCUAAUUUCUGUAGGAGUCCUGUGAAUUGCAAAAGCAAAGGCAGUAUCCAAGAUGGAGAUGAUGGAGAAGCUGUUAAUGUGGCCAAGAUCUCUAAGAGGAACGUUUUGGUGGAUACUGGUUUGAGCGAAGACCACAAUGUUGAUGAAGUGAACCCGGGACAUAAAAACAGUAACUCUGGAGUUCCUUUUACUGGGAAUCUCAUGGUUGAAGGUGAUGUAACAAGCAUUUCAGCCAGGAGUUCACAGCACAUAGAUCAGCUUGAGUCCAACCUUUCCAGUCUAAAAGUAAUGAUCUCUGAUCUGGAGUCCACAUUGACAGGGAACUUAAAGAAUCACAGCCAAACUGAGAGCAACACUCACAGUGAGGUCACUUUUAAAGGCAUCCAGCACUCUCGUCAAAGUGAUUGUGACUACUGGGAGGACAAACUGAGCAAUGUUGAUGACAGCAAUGAAGCAGAGCAAGACCAAAAGUACAGAGAGUGGCAGAGAAGACAAUUAUUAGACAAUUUUAAGAACAUGCAGGAAGAUACAGAAACUGAACUAAACAAUAGUGACACAGACAAUGUUUCUCUCAUAACAGAGGUAAAAGAAACUGAGGCAGUUAACGCAAGCGAGCUCAGACUAAUCAAAACCUUAGCUACAGAGAGAGGAAAGGAAAAAGGGACAUGUAAAGAAGGACUUGCAAAGAGUCACGGACAGCGUGGCGGCUGUAGAAUGCCUACAGCGAAAUGCAUCCUCUCUGUGUCACAGCAGCAGCGAAUUCCCAAUGUAUUGAGAAAUGUGCCAUCUGCAACCAUGGUUUCACCUAACGUCUCUGUGCCUUUGGGUACCAGUAACCAUCCAGUGGAAAGUAGGAAUGAGACAGCUGUAGAUGGUCACGACUCUACCUACUCAACAUCUAUCAACCAGUCGUAUGAUGUGGAGGCACCGUCUGGCCUGUGGCUCCUCGAAGGGUCAGGGUCCGACAUGGGCUCAAAAGGUCAUCUUGUUCAAGAGAAACAUCUGACCCCAGAGAGUGGGGGUGAAAGUCAGGGCGGGGUAUCCAAAGUCAAACGGAGGCUGCUCAUGCACGUGGCAAAGGAGACCAGGAGUGCAGAUGUCAGCAGAGGAGCAACCUCUGUGCUCAGACCCAACGCCAGCACUCCUAGAGUUGCAGAGCCUUUAGCUGCAGUGCGGUGGUACGAAGGUCAUGGCGGUCAAGACAAGCAGGAGCAACUAAAACAGACCCACGCUGCUCAGGUGAGAGCCCUGCAAGAUGAACACAGGAGACAACAGGAAGAACUACUGCAGGCAUUGGCAGCACGUUACCAUCUCCUCCAGAGCGUGUCCUUCCCUUGCUCCAUGUCAAGCUCACGUCUUCGGGACACGUUGGCAAUUUCUACCCUCUCUCAGCCAUCCAGCCCACUCUUAGAGCAUUGCCGCCCCCUGCUGUUAGCAGCUGUGAAAGGUUUUCUAGCUCGCAGGCUGCUGAAGACUGAGAGAGUGGCGCAGCUGGUGCGCACCAUCAGGGACACACAUCAGUUCCUGCAGGCCCUCCAGCGGCAGAGCCCUGGCAGAGGAGAGUUCCAUAGCAGACAGGACCUUUUAUUGCAGGAGAGAGUCACUCUGCAGCUGCGUGCUGCACGUUAUGAGGUCCACGACAUAUUCUUCAGCCUGUCAGCUGGAGAGAGGAUGCAGUUGAUCAACUGGGACAGAGAGCUGGCCAGAGAGAGAGAGCUCAGACGACAGAAUGGGCAUACGGGCAAUCCCAGAGGAAAGAGUUCUCUGUCAACUGCAACACAGAAGUCACUGGAGAGGAAGAGAGGCAUGAUAAUCCAGAAAAAGGUAGCAGAAAGGCACACAGGAGUUGUGAAGAAGAAUGGACACAAUACUGGAUUAUCUGCCGAGCAGCCAAAGGAAACCAAACGAGGACAGUUAAGAGCAAAACCUCAGAGGGUCCCUAAGGACACUUACUCCUCCAGACCACGAUGACACUUUCCUAACUGGCCCCAGUGAGGACUCCUAAUCAAGCCUCUAGCGAUUACAUGAAUAUUGUAUUAAAAAAAAAAAACACUGACGCCCUUAAGCUGACUCUUAGCAGACUUUAUGACAUGUCGUAGCAGGAAAAGCACAGGUGUAAUGAAUAGCACUAAUGAUUGCUCCAUCUCAUUUGCAUAUACCAGUAAGCCAGUAGUUCCAAACCUGGGUGUCAUCUUGUGAGAUAUAUUAGCACAGGAAAGGAGCAAAAAUGUACACAGUCUAUGCAGCACAAGUAGACUUUCAUUUGACUUACCGGAUGAUUUUACCUCUGUGUAAAGAGUCUAUUAAUCAGGUUAUUAGUUCAGCUGUUUUUGCAUGUUAGUUUUUUCCAGUUUUCCAAUGCUAAAUCUAUACUUUAGGCUAGACCAGCUCCAGAUGUAUUAGCACAUAUUGAACUUUGUUAGUAUUGAAUUUAAACAUUUUGUAGGACAGUGUGCUCACUUAUACAGACAUUUUAAUAUCCAUAUUAGUGUUAACGCUAAUACUUGAAUAGUGUGUCACUCCCAAGGGUUGCCCUUAAAUAUUUUUGUAGUGUAUUGGGGUCACAUGUCAGCCAAAAAAAAAGUUUAUUCUUGGAAACUUUGGACCUGUUUUAUGUUAUUUAUUUAUUUGUGGUUGUAUGGUAAUAAAUAUUUCUUAACCCUU